GGGGAUACCAGCGGUUGAAACGUUCAUCUUGGAAAUCGGUCCAUCAGAAUCCGCCGUCAAAAUGGAUAAUCACCACGGCCGACCCGAAGAUGAUAUCCAAAAGUUGGAAACGUCGCUGUCUUCGCCGCGAUUUUUGGACGAUUCCGCGAACGAUGUCGCCGAAAAUGUGGACAUAACAGCGGUGGAGUUCGAUUGUGACAGUGCGAAUGUUAAGAGCGGGGUUUGUGGCAAUAGCAACAGCAGCAAAUUUUCAAUUGAUAAUAUUUUGGGGUUGAAUCAUUGCGAAGAGGAUAAAAUUAGGUGCGUCAAGCCGAUGCCGAUUUCUAUGAUUGCUAAGAAAACAGAUGACAUCUACCAAGCCGUAAGCAACACAGCAUACCAGCAAUACUCUGUGGAGGCCCAGCUACCCCCGGACCCAGGACUUCUCAAUUACAUCGCAGCUGCAAAAGUCUCACCUACCCAAGACGCUUCCUCAGAAACGUCAUACGUGCAAUAUUCACAGCCGACUGCUGCUUCGUCCUUACUGUACAGCGAUUGGUUGUCUGCUAGCUCAGAUGGUAAAAUCUCCGCGCAGAUAUUUGGUCUUCAAGGCUCCAAAAACAUCGAACAGAAGAUCGCGCAAGCCUGGCCUAGAUCGAAAACCACGACAAGCAUACAGUGCAAAGCAACUGGAACGACUGGAAACGGAGUUCAAGCUGGACAAAUACUUGAGUGUCAGUAAACGUAUGGAAUUGAGCAAAGCACUCAACCUCACGGAAGUUCAAAUCAAGACGUGGUUCCAGAACAGGCGGACGAAAUGGAAGAAGCAACUCACCACAAGGUUGAAAAUGGCUCAAAGGCAAAGCUUAUUCCAUUCUCAUUACUUCGCACCAUCCGCUCAGCAAUAUUCGACGCUAUUUGCCCCGUACUAUGCACCACUGAGUUGUACCCUUGGCAUACCGACACUGAAUGAAACGUCUGAACCCGCAACCGCCAGAGAUUGUAGAAGUUCUUGAAGAAGCGUGCAAUAAAAGGUUGCUGAUAUGUGUUACGAGUAUAAUCAUGGAACAACUAAUCACCAAAGGCAUCUCAGCAGAAUCCCAAAUGAAGCAAUAGAAAAUACUCGAUAUGUAAAUAAUUAGAAUAUAGAAAAUUUAC